AUGGUCCCUUUUAAGACUUAUAAGUCGCUGGUCCAGCUGAAGCACAAAGAAGGGACCUUAUUUGAAGUGGUCGGAGACUCCAGCACGCUGCCCAAGUGGUUCUGUAUCGAGCAUCUGGAUGAUCCAAAGACAGUGUACGUGAAUCCUUGGUUCGUGGAAGCGAUAUUUGGCAAGGAUGGAGAGUACAUCCCACAUGUCGAGAGUAUGUCAUGUACCUUGCUUCAAGUGACCCAUUGGCGUCCUGAAGAGGAUGCAGAGAUUUUGAUAUUCGGGCCUCCUUAUUACCAAGAUGAUGUUUCCCAGAUGAUCUCCAACUUGGUUAAUUAUUUCUGCCCGCUAAUGAAACAAGAGAAGGACCUUUCUCAAGAGGAUGAGACCCAGUGUCUUCCUGUCGAGGUUCACGAGGCUGCCACUCGGCUGUCUCUCGUGGGGAAAGUCCAAGAGGCUGCCACCCAGCUGUCUUCCGUGGAGGUUGCUGAUGCUGCCACCCAGCUGUCUUCUGUGGAGGUUGCUGAUGCUGCCACCCAGCUGUCUCUUGUGGAGGUCCAAGAAGCUUCCACCCAGCUGUCUCUUGUGGAGGUCCAAGAGGCUUCCACCCAGCUGUCUCCCGUAGAGGUCCAUGAUGCUCUCUCCCAGCAGGCUCCCAUGGAGGCUGGUGAUGCUGCUACCCAGAUGGCGCCUGUGGAUGUUGCUGAGGCUGCAACCCAGCUGUCUCCAGUGGAGGUCCAUGAGGCUGGUACCCAGCUGUCUCCCGUGGAGGUCCAUGAGGCUGGUACCCAGCAGGCUCCUGUGGAGGUCCAUGAGGCUGGUACCCAGCAGGCUCCCGUGGAGGCCCAUGAGGCUGGUACCCAGCUGUCUCCCGUGGAGGUCCAUGAGGCUGCCACCCAGCUGUCUUCCGUGGAGGUCCAUGAGGCUGGUACCCAGCAGGCUCCCAUAGAGGUUGGUGAUGCUGCUGAACAGCUGGCUCCUGUGACUGUCUAUGAAGCUGCCACCCAGCAGGCUCAUGUGGAGGCUAGUGAGGCUGCCGCUGAGCAGACCUCAGGGGCUGUUCAUCGGGAUGUCGUUCAGGAGGCUGCCACUCAGUAG